CGGAGGAACCCAUUUCCUUUUGGGGUGGGGCCCACGCAACACAUGACGAAUCGGUUUUUGCUCAGCAGUGCACUUUUGCAAGCUGUUAACUGGGAUUACACACGCUAUUGCCAUCGGUUCAUCCACUUGCUGACACCAGUCCGGACUACCAGGUCCGCAAAAUGACGUAAGCGCCGCUUUUAGACGAUGAGCCCCCGGGAACCGAAGCCAAAACUUGGACAGCGUGUUGAGGUAACGGGUAAAAAUUUGCACGGAACGGUUGCCUAUGUGGGACGCACAAACUUUGCCGCCGGCCUCUGGAUCGGCGUGAUUCUGGACGAGCCGUUGGGCAAGAACAAUGGCACCAUCCAUGGCAGCACCUACUUCAAGUGCCCCACCAAUUGCGGCCUGUUUGUGCGCGCCCAGCAGCUGGUGAGGAUUGGCGAGGGCGGAGUUGGCGAAGCGGAUAAUCAAAAAUCCCUAGAAAUGCAGCGCGACGGUGCACGAAGUAAACUCACGAGGCGGCCUGCUAGUGGUGGUGGAAGUGGCAAGUCCGUGGAUGAGCCAGAUAAUCAGAGGGAGCAGAUGGCUAGUUCCUCCGGAAAAACGAAGGCAUCUUCUGCCAAUCCGGGCUCACCGCAAAAACAGUUAAGGAAUCCAAAGUCUUCAAGGGAUGAGACGUCCGUGGCCAAAACUUCGGGCAAGUUUUUGGUCAAUCAACCCAUGCAGCCCCUACAGCUUCCAAGGAACCCAAAUAUCUCAGAUGGCCCAUCAAGUAGUCUGGAAGCGGAGAAAAAUGAGAAAAUUAAAACCACUCCAAGUAAGGCAACCAAGGAGACUCCUCCACAGGAAGAAAAGGCUCCUCCAGAGCCAGUGAACAAGGCUGAAGAUCCACAGAAAGAUCAAACAGAAGGAAAGAGCAAGGAAGAUGUCAAGCCAAGUCAGCAGUUGGCCAACAAUCCUCUCCAGACAAGCACACUGGGUGAUUUGCCAGCGCAGUUGAAGCCUCCGGCCAUGACCUGCAACCAAAGGCGGUCCACAUCCUACACCCAGUUGCGGCCUACUAGGAUUAGCCAGCCCAAGCCGACAACGGCCCAGGCUCAGAGCUCCACGGCCCAGUUGACUCUGGCCAUGCCGGUGCCUCUGGCCCUGGCCCCCAAGAGGAGCAAAACGAGCAUGAGUCCUACAGGCUCCGUAAAGAGAGCACCUCCGGCAGCCUUUGUGGAGCCACGCUUCCUGGAGAUCCUAAAGCCGCAGUUCACUCCUGGAACUUCACUUCGUACACCCAGCACAGUGGCUCCUCCGUUGGAUAGCCCGGAACUCCGACAGCUGAAGGAGGAACUUCAGCUCUUGAGAGUCCAAAAGAGCGAGGACAAGCUGAAGCUUCUGGACCUGGAACGCAUGCGGAUUCACAACGAACAGUUGAUGGAGUUCAAGUCGCAGAUAAUGACCCAGCAGGUGCUUCUUCAGCGGGAGCUACAGAGGUCCCGUCACGAGCUGAGAGAAGCCCAGGAUGCUUCGUCGAAGUUCAAGAGGGAACUGGAUGAAAUAGCCGAGAGUAUUGAGUUGCUUACCUUGGACAAGGAGAUGGCGGAGGAGCGCAUGGAGACGUUGCAAAUCGAACUGGAAAUGGCUCAGGAGCGCAACGAUGAACUCACCCUGGAUGUGGAGAUCCUGAAAGCCGAGCAGGAGGAACAACAGCAAGAUCCGUGCUUCGAGAAGAACGAGAAGCAGUCCUCGUUAGGAGUGACUCCACAGUCAGCCGGAGAGUAUCUCCGUCUGGAGCAGUACAAUCAACGACUCCGGGAGACUGUGAUCCGCCUAAGGGACACCCUGGCCGUGGAGAAGCAGAUGGGUCAACGCACAAACAAGGAACUGGAGACCAAGCACUCGGAGAUCAACGAACUGAAGAGCAUUAAGGAAUUACUCAGCCGACGGGUGGAUCACAUGGAGGUGCAGCUGAUGGACUUGAAGGAGCAAGUGGAUGCCUCACUCGGUGCCGAGUCGAUGGUCACUCAACUGGCUGCUCUCAAACUGGAGCUGGAAGAUCGUGUCAAGCUCCUCGAAGAGGAGGUCAACGAAUUGGAGGCUCUGGAGCAAAUACAGGAGCAGCUCAUCGAAAGCAACCAGGAGCUGGAGGCGGAUCUGCGCGAGGAGAUCGACAAGUUGAGUGGACAGGUAAAGAUCCUGGAGCAGCAGAAGAACGCCGCCAUCGAGAGUCUCUACGAUCGGGAUGUGACCAUUAUGAAGUUUCGGGAUCUGGUCCGUCAACUCCAGGAGCAGCUCCAGCUCCGGGCCGACGGCACUCUGUCCAUAGAGGACUUUAGCAGCGCCAACGAGUCCCAGCAGGAGGAGACCUCCAACCAGAGCCAGACGGACUACCAGCACAUCUUCAGCGUGAGCAAGGCCUACGGUCGGGCUUUGGAGCAGCAGAUCAAGUCGGUGGAGAUGCGCCUACAGCGUCAACACUUGGAGCACGUCCUGGCCUUUGUUCCGGAACAGUUCCUGCUGCGGGGCGGGGAGCAUGAUGUUGUCCUGGUCAUCCUGCUGCUGGAACGAAUGAACGAGAAACUGACCAUCGUCUGCCAGGCCAUCAACGAAAAGUUUCCCACGGCUUGUGAGUUUGGUCGUGAUGCCAUAUUCGAGGGCUACUCCGUGCAGCGCUACAUCUUUCGAUCGCAGUGCCUGUAUCUCCUCAAGAGUCUCCAGCUGGUGCUGCAGCAGUUCCGCCACGGACUCAACCACUGCGACUACGAGUUGUGCACCCACGCGGCCAUUUACCGCAGUGAUCUGGAGCUGCAGGAGCAGCAGCUGGACGAGUUUGUGCGCCUACUGAAGACUGGCCAGCUGGACGAGCACACCAACUGUGAGCCCAUCCAGCGGGUGCUGCACUACAUCAACGGGCUUCACCAGAAUCUGAUGCCACCGCAGACUCUGGUGGAGCUGCUAGAUGAGAAGCAGCUAUACGGAGCUCUAGUCGAGGUGUACGAGGCUGGCUUAGAUGCCGUCAAUGCCAAUGCAGGACUGAUGCACACCAUCAUCCAGUUGGGCCACGAGCAAACUGCCUCCUUCCUGUGCAUGCAGCUUCUGAUGGAGCAGAGCUGCGCCCAAAAACAGAAGCUGAAGAAGCUGCAGAAGAAACUCCAGAGUGGCGGCAAGACGGCCGCCUGGACGGGCAUGCAGUGUGCUCGGUAUCAACGUAUCCUGGAGGCAAACGAUGCACUGGGCGCUCUUAUACGUCUGCUGGACGCAACUGCCCGGGAGGCCAGCAGAGAGUCAAAUGGGGGCAUUGCCCAUGAGAAGCUGUGGAGGAUGCUGGUGCUGAACUACAACAAGUUCGCUCCCAGCCAGGACACCCCGGAGCCCAGGGAAGUGGAUGCCUAUAGCCAGCACUGCAUGCAGCUGCUAGAGGAGCAACUAGAUGAGCUCUUCACGCUGCUGGAGUCUACGGACGUGAACACGGAGUAUGUGCGUCACGCAGCCACAAACACGCUCCAGGAACGGGCCGCCCAGGUGAAGCGGCACUACGAGGACGUGAAGACCCUGGAGCUGACUGUUUCCGAGCGGGACAAGGAGAUCAAGUCCUUGAAGUACUUGGCCAAGAUGAAGCAACAGGACUUCUCUGAGAUGCAGAUCCGCAAGGAGAUGGCCGAGAAGCAGUUGAGCAAACAGUGUCAUGUCCUAGUCGGUUUCGCCGAGGCUGUGGAGCACCUGGAGCAGUCAAUCCUAGUCAAGGAAGCAGCUCUGGGACACGCAUUGAAUGUUCUGGGAGAGAAGGUAACCAGUUUGGAGCAGGCACAGCAACACUGGCGGGAACAGCAGCAGGCGGACAGUGCCUGUGUCACCAGCACCACGAUUAGCUCCAACCGGGAGAUGAACCUGCUCCAUCAGGCCCUUCGGCAAGAGCGCACCCUGCGCGUCAAAAUGCAGGGCAGUGAGCUACGUAAAAGCUUGGCUUCCUUGGAACCGCUGCAUGUGCCACAAUCCGGCAGCCUAGAACUAUCCAACCUGGAGCAGGAGCUGCGCUCCCUGAAGAACCAAUGGCUUCUGGCCCACCUGGAAAUGGGCUCGGCUGGGAGCCAACGGCGAUCGGAUGUGGAGCUGCAGGGUAGCCGCGUCCUGCGACAUAUCUUCCAGACAUAUUGCACCCAGCAUCCGUAUCGGGCCAAGAACACCGACUUCGGGCUCUUCAUCACAGAGGAUCUGCGGCAAGCAUUCGGGCCAAACUUCUAGAGUUUUAUGGUGUAGGUGGUAUUCCAAUAGUAUUUUCGGUCAGAACAAAGGCUUAUGUGAUUGCUGCUUAUAUAUAAACACUAUCAAUAAAGGGGAACUAGUUAAUCCAGGACUAAUUACGAAAUUAGUUAUCUACUUGUAUUCGAAUAAAACUGUACAAUUAUAUACACAUUAUGGAUAUGUUUGAGUUAAUCGGA